UUAGGUAAAUAAGUCCAAAAUAUCACAAACUAAAAACUCUUCACAAAAACAUUUUUUUUUUGAAGAACUUGAAGAAUCCAGACAUGCAAAUGAUGAGUAUGAUGUUUCUGCUAUGCUCAAUAAUUUUCAUUACCAUAAUAUUUUUCAAAAUACAUAAGAGAGGGAAGAACAACAACACACCUCCGUCUCCACCGGGACUUCCGUUGAUCGGAAACCUUCAUCAACUCGGCCGCCACACUCACCGAUCACUAUGCUCUCUCAGCCGCCGUUACGGGCCUCUCAUGCUCCUUCACUUUGGCCGUGUCCCCGUUCUUAUAGUAUCUUCCGCUGAAGUGGCUAAAGAAGUUUUGAAGACGCAUGACCGUGUUUUCGCGAGCCGUCCACGUUCAAAAAUAUUCGAGAAACUUCUUUACGAUAGGCAUGAUGUGGCCUCAGCUCCUUAUGGAGAGUAUUGGAGGCAAAUGAAGAGUGUGUGCGUCCUCCAUCUCUUCAGCAACAAAAUGGUACGGUCCUUUCGAGAAGUGAGAGAAGAAGAGAUCAGUUUGAUGAUGGAAAAGAUCCGGAGAUCGAGUUCUUUGCCGGUGAAUCUAAGCAAGAUCUUGAUGAGUUUAACUAACGAUGUGAUAUGUAGAGUUGCUUUGGGACGAAAAUACGGUGGUGAAACAGAUUUUCAGGAGUUAAUGGAGCGAGAUAGGAAUGACUUUGUGGAUGUAUUGCUCUCCAUUCAGAGAGAGAAGAGCGUCGGGUUUGAGAUAGACCGUGUCAGCGUAAAGGCAAUCGUCUUGAAUGUUUUUGUGGGUGGUACGGAGACAUCGUAUACACUUAUGGAAUGGGCAAUGACAGAGCUUAUACGUCACCCAAAGUGUAUGAACAGACUCCAAGAAGAAGUCCGCACGAUUUGUAAGGGAAAAUCGUGUGUAUCAGAAGAGGACAUUCAAGAAAUGAAAUACUUAAAAGCUGUGAUCAAAGAGACAAUGAGGCUACAUCCUCCACUUCCUUUGAUGAUUCCUCACGAAUCAACACAAGAUGUAAGAUUAGGUGAUUAUCACAUACCUGCCGGUACACAGGUUUUGAUCAAUGCUUGGGCUAUCGGGAGAGAGGCUGCAACGUGGGGACCAGACGCGGAAGAUUUUAGACCGGAGAGGCAUUUAGAUUUAUCUGUUGACUACCGAGGUCAGUCUUUUGAGCUGAUUCCAUUUGGAGCUGGAAGAAGGAUUUGCCCAGCAAUAUCAUUCGCUGUGGUGCUGAAUGAGAUAGUUUUGGCUAACUUAGUGCAUCGGUUCGAUUGGAGAUUACCGACUGAAUCUAUAGAGAAUCAAACCGGUAUCGCUGAAUCAUUCGGUACUUCAGUUCACUGCAAGUUCCCUCUCUAUGUUAUUGCAUCAUCUACUACUUGACUAAGGCAUUAACAUGAAAAUGCUUUGUUAUAUAUGUUAAGUCUACAAUAAACAACAUGUUUACUCAUGUGAAACUCCUUGAAUAAGGCAGUAAGUUUGGGUGAUGAUUCUGGGAAAAAAGCAGAAAUAACCGUCAUCCAUUCUUUAUUUGGA